GGCCGCGCAACGCGCAUGCUCCAAGCGCGGCGCCCCUGACUCGGCGCUCGGCUCCGCUCGGGCAUUUCCGCCUCUUUGUUUUAAACUCCGGUCGGGUUUUUUUCUCCGGCUCUUGGGGGGGACCCGGAGGGAGCGGCGCCCCCUCCCCUCCCGGCGCUGCCCCCGCGUGCGCCCCGCUCGUCCGCAGCCGAGACGGCAGGCCCCAGCAUGUAGCGGAGGGUCCCGGCCGCCCAUCCAGAAAAUGGAAAAGGAGCAGAGGACGGAAGGAAGGCGCGGCGGUGAAGACGCGGAGUGCGGAGCGCGGCAGCCGGGGCGUCUCAGCGGCACAGCCGAGGCCUGAGCGCCCAUGCAGAGGGAGCGGCGGACCCAGGCGUCUAGAGGAGAAGCCAAAGAUGUUGACCAGAAAGAUUAAACUCUGGGACAUAAACGCCCACAUCACAUGCCGUCUGUGCAGCGGGUACCUCAUCGACGCGACCACCGUGACCGAGUGUCUGCACACGUUCUGCCGGAGCUGCCUGGUCAAGUACCUGGAGGAGAACAACACCUGUCCCACCUGCAGGAUCGUCAUCCACCAGAGCCACCCGCUGCAGUACAUCGGGCAUGACAGGACCAUGCAGGACAUCGUGUACAAGCUGGUGCCAGGCCUACAGGAAGCGGAAAUGAGAAAACAGAGGGAAUUCUACCACAAACUGGGCAUGGAGGUGCCUGGAGACAUCAAGGGGGAGACUGGUUCUGCGAAGCAGCACUCGGACCCCCAUCGGAAUGGUGAAACCAAAGCAGACGAGAGCUCCCACACAGAGGCUGCGGAAGAGAAGCAGGAGGAGGACAGCGACUACCACCGGAGCGACGAGCAGGUGAGCAUCUGCCUGGAGUGCAACAGCAGCAAGCUGCGCGGCCUGAAGCGCAAGUGGAUCCGCUGCUCUGCCCAGGCCACCGUGCUGCACCUGAAGAAGUUCAUCGCCAAGAAGCUCAACCUCUCGUCCUUCAACGAGCCUCUGGCGUUGCCCCUGCUGGACUUCAAACUUGCUGAGACCAGACACCCCGUGUGCUUCCUCGUCCACCUCCCUGUGCCUGUUCACCCUGUGUCCCAGGCCCGUGGCCGAGAGGGCAUUGCCCAGGUGGACCCUCCCCGGAGCUCACCACGCCUGCUGGACAUCCUAUGCAACGAGGAGAUCCUGGGCAAGGACCACACGCUCAAGUUUGUGGUCGUCACGCGGUGGAGGUUCAAGAAGGCGCCCCUCCUGCUGCACUACAGACCCAAGAUGGACCUGCUGUGACGUGCAGACGGCCCGGGCACGGAGCACGGGCGCGGACCCGAGGCCCGGGACCAGACUUCUGCACAGAGAGUAUUUAUCCCUUUUGUAUGAGAGUUCACACUCGGCAAGACACUACCAGCAGCUCGGUGACAGGUGGCCACACACUUCACAGGCUCACGCGGCCGCCGGCCCUCACCACCCUCGGCCUCACGGACCCGCGGCCUCCCCGGCCUCCCAGGUCUCCAAAAUCUCGGUCGUUUCCGUUUAGUUUACGAGUUAGGGUUCGUGACAAAAACACGUGUGCUCACGGGGUCCUCACUAAGCUGUUGAAAACGCGCUUUCGUGGUGGACGAUGACUAUGUGGCCUGUAGCUCCCGGAAGAUCGACAAGAAUUCACUUUAAGAGCAAAACAAAAGAGGCUGCCACGCGGUGCGGUGCCCGUGGUGUGUGAUGUCCCUGUCGUGACCCGAGGGGGCCCCUGUGCGUCCACCGGCACCGGGCUGGCCGCAUGCACAGCCGUCUCGGUAAAGUCGCUUUGAUCAUUAAAUGCCGCACCAUCGUCAGAGCACGCUCCCUCCUGCUGCGAGGGAGCUGGUGGCCGCAGGGAGUCCCAGGCCCAUCGUCCCGCUGCAGGGGUGCCGCCCCCUCUCUGCCGGUCCCGGUGGUUCUCACCGAGCACCAGGGCCGGCGAGGGGACAGCACCCCAAACCCAGCCCCAGGGACACUCGCUUUCUCACCCAAACGUUCAUAUUUUUGUGGAAUUAGAGAAAAAACAUUCGACAGCACACAAAUGUGUUCCUUUAAGAUAGUCCCUUGGAAGGCGUGAAGGCGAGCUCGGGGAGAAAGGCCCGUUCCUGUGGUCACUCCUGCGUCCCCCGGCCCCUCCCACCCCUGAGGCCUGUGGUCCCGCCCUACGCCCACCCUGCCUCUGUGCUGGGUUUCCCAUGAAGUCCUCACUUUAGAGACAGAACUUUCUCAGAUUGGCUCCAGACCUGUGGGCUCGUGGGCUGCUUCCUGUUGCACGUACACAAGGGUCAGAGGCAGCUACUGAUGAGCCAUCAGCGUAGAGAAAAACCUUCAAAUUAAUUCAGUCCAAGCAAUUUUAAUGUAAGGCCUUUAAAACCACCCAAACGCGUUAGGGAUUGGUCGAAUCGCUCUGUUUCAGCCGUGACCCCGUCCUGUUCAUCCCCACGGUUCUCCGUUGCUCUCCGAGGCCUGGCGAGUGGAUGUGUGUGAGCAACUAUGACCUGUCUACCUCAAAACGCACAUUGCCGCUGGCGCAUCUGUCGGACCCCGGACCCCAGUGCGGUCUCCGGGCCUAGGGGGUGGGGGUUCCCGUGGGGUGAAGAGGGGUGAACAGCGUGAGCGUCACCUUCGAAAACAUGGUUCCCGCUCAGACCGGGCCGAUGGUGCCUGCAGCCGCCCGGCGCGCAUCGUGACUGUAGCUCUCGGUGCGACCACUUGAAUUUGCUAUGGUGCUAAGCUGAUACCUGAGAUACGCCGGGAGGGGCGGGGCCGGCGGGUCCACGCCGCCGGCUCGGCCGCUCUUCUGGCCGCGGGACCUGGGGAGCCCCAGCAGCAGCAGAGCCUAUUUUUCUACGAUUUCCUCGUGAGACUGUUCACGCAGACGGCGGACCUGCCUGGUUGGACCGCAGCCCGUGGACUCGGCUGGGGAGGCUGAUGCACUUUCUCCUGCGUGAGAGGCGGGGCGGAGGGGCAGGCCGCGGGGUUUCCCAGGCGGAGUUCCCGAGCGGAGCGUCUCCCUCCCGUGGGCGCGGCUGGGACGGCCGCUCGGCGCCUGCACCCUCAGCAGCCGUGGGACUCACCGUGCGGUUUUCACGAAAACAGAAAAUUCAGAUAGAGUAUAUACCGUGGAAUUUAAGAUUUGGGGGGUUGGAAAAGAAAACUUAACUUUAUAAGAUUAUUUAUUCUAUUUUAAGCGCUCUAUCCUAGUUUCCCAUCAGCCAUCUGGUUCGCGCCGCUUUGUUUACAGGCAUAUACGGUGAAAGGGAUGUUCUGCAAGCUUCUUCCUUCCUUUCGGGGCGUCGCCCUGUGUUUCCGUUUGUCGGGUGAGGAGCGUCGUUAUGCGUUUAUGCUUUUGUGCAAUAGGCUCCACGCGUGCUGCCCGACGGCGACUGGACGGGAACGUACGUGGAUUCCCAACCUGCACACGGAGCUACUUGGGUUUCCUUUUUCGUUUUUGUGGUGAGAAUGCUGUUCUCUGGAUGACGCACAGCCUGUCGGCAACAUUACCAACAGGGGCCCGGCAGGCAGGCAGCCGCGUGCGUGGGGUCUCGCACCCGGACCCCGCGUGCUCAGGCCCUGGCACACCACCCCCACCCCCGGCGGCCCAGAUGUGGGGUGCAGUCCCAGGCCCCGAGCCCUCGGGCGUCCGUUAGGCGUCCUUACCACCGGCUGGUGCCUCAGCACACGGCUGUGCCGCUGAUUCGAAGUGUCGGGUUGAAUGUUGUAGGAGCCAGCCGGCGGGUUUCUGUGAUGUGUCACUGUUGGAUGUGCCCUCAAAACCGGUAACCACGCCAGUGCAGACAACAGUCCGUUUCUCAUUCCUCAGGAGCCCAUGUGCACCCCCCACGUCACCUGUGCCCUUAGCCCAGAAAGUAUGGGUCUGCCUCGGUUCGCAGCGCACGGGGGGGGGCACUGGGAUGCGCAGAUGAGAAAGGGCUCAGGCUGCACUUCCCGCGAGGCGCCUGCGGGCAGGGAGGGCCCCGCCCCCACAUCAGGGGUCCCCACGGCUUGUUGGGUGUAAGAACCAUGUGUUCCCAGUCGGCGCGGGUUCGGGCGGAGCCUGCCAUCUGCAGCGACAAGGCUGCCAUGGGUUAUGGGAUGGCAAUGCGGAUGCAUAUUUUUGUUUAAUUUGAAAGUUUACAUUUUUAUGCUUUGUGUUGGUGUGUAACUUUUGUACUAUUGGUGGCUAGUUUUGUCUAAAAUCUUUUUUGGAAUAUUGCUUAAAUGUUUUGAUUUUAUGACGGUGAAGCUUGUAUUCAGUGUUUUGCCAAUUAAUAUUAUAUGCUUGUAAUAAAAGCAAAGGAAACAA